UUUGUUUUAUUUUCAGAUCAUUUUAAUUUUGAAGCCUAAAACCAUAUGCAAUUCCAUUGUUUUCUUUUUUCUAUUUAUAAUUGUUUUAAUUUUACAAUCAUGCUUGUUGCCAUUAUUUAACCUAUUUUAUUUUUAGGUUCUCAGCUAUCAUUGUAAAUCAUACUCGUUAACAAACAGAUCUUUUAAUCGAACAGAACAGACUUUUGGGUUCCGAAUGAAACAUAAGAUCUUAGCAAAAAAGUCACCAAUCCUAAUAAAGAUCAGAAGACCUCAGUAAUGGAACACCAUAGACACCUCAAUAACAGACACUCAAUGAAUGGAAUGGAAACAAUGUCAGCAGCAGUAGCUGCCAAUCAGAUCAAUGGAAACAAGAAGAGAUUUUCUGUGUCGGAUGUCUCCGAUAUGUUAUAUGAAUUCUAUCGUGCGAACUCAGCUGCAAAAGCACCAAAGACAGAAAAUACUGAAAAGCCAUUUAGACAAAAGUCACCGUCCUCAGCUGAUGCAGCGGCUGGUGGAAAAUGUGGAACCAUGCAAUCGGGAAUUCCCGAUGAGCCACAAACAUCAAAUACAUCAAAUACAACGGCUUCAAAAAACUCGAAUGGUGAUGAAAUGACAAAUACCAACAAAAUCGGAACUAUCAAGAGUUCCAUUUCCGUCAAGAAGAACACUUCGUCAUUUCAUCCAAGAGUCAAAUACUCAAGUGUAGUUAACAAGUCGAGUGCUGCAGCCGCUGCUGCUCUAGCUAAUAUGGAAAAUACUCCUGCAGCCAUACCAACUUCUGUUGUUGUUCCGCCACCGGAUAUCAAGCCUAUUCUUCCGAUCCCAGCUUCAGUCAUUAAGCCUCCGACUAUUGGUGCUGCAGCUGCCCCAGCUGCUGCGGCGAUAGCUGCAGCUUUGCUUCGUGAUGGCUAUCAUAAUUUUCAGCAGCAGCUAAGAAACCAAGAUAUCUUCAAGCAACAGUCGAAUUUGGUGCCGUUGGCUCACAAUAACCAAUCUGGUGGAAGUGUCCAACCGAUUUCUGGGCAAAACAAAAGUUUGACCUUUGAAAACUUCGACCGCAAAGAAAAUAAUUUUUCGGACAAUGAGAACGAAAACAGCAACUCGGAGUUCGACGAAGAUGAUGACGACGAUGACGAUGAUGGACGUUAUUCUGGCUUCGAUGAUAUCCAUCUGAUCGAAGGUUCUAAGUCUUCAUUUAGCCAUCAUCAAAAUGCGACUAUGCCAUGCUUGUCUACUGAUUACAUGUCAGACGAAUCUCAAAAACUUAUGAUGGCCGCUCAGGCUCAAGCCCUGAGGCAUUUAGAAUACUCUUUGAGCGACUACGGCGGCACAAAUGCCAACGAAGAAGCCAAUUAUCAAUGUCGUCAUUGCGGCAAGAAAUACCGCUGGAAAUCAACCCUGCGUCGUCAUGAGAACGUCGAAUGUGGUGGCAAGGAACCAGCUCACCAGUGUCCCUAUUGUGCCUACAAAUCCAAGCAACGUGGUAAUCUAGGUGUUCAUGUGCGCAAACAUCAUUCGAAUUUGCCACAAUUGGCUAGCAAACGACGAUCAAAGUACUCCCAGCAGCGUGAGGUAAAAAUUGAGAAAACUGAAAAGGCUUUUUAGAGCUUUACUCAUUCAUGGUUCUGAAGCUUAAUCACACUUAGUGAAAUGCUUCUAUUGUAUUUUCAGAGAUCCAAUGAGCUCUGUACAGCUACUAAAAGAGAUUUAUAUUAUAUUUAAGUUUUAAUCUAAGGACUGCUACAUAAUCAACUAUAACUUAGAUAUCAUGAACAUAAGAACUUGAUAUCUACAUAUGUGUACUGUAAGACUUAUGUAAUGUAUUUUUUGUUUGUUUAAUUUUACUGACUGAAGGUAAAUAUAAUAAUAAUGACCUAUCCCUAAAAAAAACACAAAAAUAUUAAUGUGGUGUUUUUUUCCAUGUAUUGUAUUGUUUAAACUUUCUAAAAUAUGCUCGCCAUAAUAUGUAUUUUUUGUUUUUUGUAUUAAAUAAAUUUAAGUAUGCAUAUCAUUUUUCGUGGUAAAAACAAAAUUAAAAAAUACAUUAAAAUAAAUGAAACAAAAUUGAUUUAAGCGCAACUAAUUGGUGAUAAAAUCAACAAAAAAAAAUAACAAAUUGUUUAGAAAAUUAUUCCAAAAUAUUAUUUAUUCCUUGAAUGACAACAAAGUAUUCCCAUAUUCCUUAACUUAAACAAAAAAAAAAAACUUACCCUGAUCUCUCUAUAAUAUUUCAGCUGACUGAUUUUUAAAAGCACUUACAAUUUAUACUUGUCCAACUUUAUUAUUUUUAAUAACUUAAAUUUAGUAUUCUUUUCUUAAAAAUAUUAAUGUCUUAAGACUGAAUUAUAAAGUUAGAUAUUAUAAUUUUUAAGUCAUAAUUUCUCAUAUUGAAAUUACACCAAGGACUGAAAACGGUGCAUGGUUUGAAUUAAAUGUGUGUCUACAAUACCUUACUGUAAUAUGUACACAAACAUUUUAUGUAAAACCUGCCGUUAGAUUAAAGUCAUUAUUUAUGUAACAUAGUCACCGUUAUGAGCCAUAUAUGUAUACCUAUUUUAUUAAGAUCUGACAUUUUUCAUAAAACUAACAUUUAACAUCUAUCACAGAACUCAUUUUAAAUAAAUGGUAUACGCGUUCCAAGAUAUCUUAAAAUAAUUAUGAGAGCUGACAUUUUCACUCUUCAAAGUCUUCUAUUCGAAUCCAAGUUCAUAAUUAUUCUUUUAAAAUAAUUCCAUUUUAUUGCGAAAAAUAUAAAUUAACUGGAAGACUACACAAAUACAAUUAAUAUGAGCUUUGAUUCAACAUCCGAGCAUGGAAAACUGCUGUUUUCUGUAAUAAACAAUAGGUAUUAUUUUUUCGCCAAUUUGUAUUCAUUUAUAUUUUUGAAUUCAUUGCAAUCCAAAAAUAAAUCUCAGAAAUAGAAACAUUUGACAAUAAUAAAUUUAGUUAAAGAAACGAUGUUUGCAUUUUGUUGUAUCCGUGUAAAUCACAGUCAAAUUAUUAUGUUUUCAAUGAUCGGGUGUUUGAAAAACAAAUCUUUUCUUGGGACUCACAUUUAUUAUUCCUAAAUCGUUAAGAAUUUUAAUAGGAUCUUUCCAAAUGAACAAGCUUAAAAGCUUAAAAGUUAAAAAAUGAUGUUCGUUAGAGCAACCUUUACAUGAACAACAAGUUUUUGUUAUAUAUACAUAAAAGUUAAACAUUAUUGUCUUAGUUAGCUUGAAAAAAAUGUAGGCAAAGUUAAAAGAAUGAAUCUUAAAAAUCUAUUUUAUUGGACUUGUGAUAUAAGAAUUAUGUUUUAUGAUAUCUGAAAUAUGAAGUUUGAAAUAAGUUUUUAACAGGUUUAGUUAGAAAAAUGUCUUUUAAACAUACACCCUUGUUCUGUAUUUUACAUCGAUUUUCUGUUUUUAUUUAGUCUAUUCAAAUCCGGUUUAAAUGGACAUUUUUCAAAGAACUCAAGUAAAUAUUUCAAACAAUCUUAUCUGAGUUUUCCGAACAACAAGUUUUGGAACCAAAAUAAAUAACAAAAAUAUCAAAUCUUAAUUGAAUACCAAAUUGACCGAAAUUCAAAACAGGUGUUGAUAACUUAUUGUCUAUCUGAUGACGCAAAUAUUAUAUUUCUUAUUGCAAAUAUUAUGUUGCCAAAACACAAAAUCCAAGUUUUGAUAUACCUUUAUUUAAAUAUUACACUUGUUUUAAUAACUUAUCAUUUGCUUAAUUUUUAUUUCAUGUGCCAUGAGAAGAAUUUUAAAAAUAAUAAGGUAUUCAGAAAGAUUCAAGUUCAUUCAUAAAUUACAUUACAGUUUAAUGCGCAUGUAAAUUAAUAAUAAUUUUAAUUCAGUUGAAGAUAUUGGUAGUUUGAAACUAAUUAAUCGUUAUAAGGACCUUAAAGGUUAUUUUUUUAAAUUUGUGUAUGCAAUACGAAAGACAUUAUAACUAAAUCACGUUUAGAUCAUUUUUAUCGCAAUCAGUUGAAAGUUUUAAAUCUAUGGACAUUUUCUAUUUUGUAUUUGGAUGGUCUUUAAUUGGUUUUAAAUAGACGAAGAAGAUAUCUCAAAUCUUUCUUAUGAAUCCCCUUUAGUCAAUUCUAAUUUAGGACCGUCUAAAAGAAACAUGUUUUUUUAACUACCACCCUUAUUAAAAUGCCUUUUUGAGUAACCAGACUAGGCUUAAAUAUCAAAUAAUCAAUAAAUUUUUUAACAAAAAGAUAGAAUUGAGAAAACACUAAUAUUUUUAUCUGAGUUAAUUUUUUGAAUAUCUCUUUAUGAUACUAUUGGGGAAUCAUUCUAUCAUACACGCAGAAUCCAAAAACUCUCCGUACAUCAGCCUUAUUUAAGUGUUAAGUGUUUUUUUUUUAAAUAACUAGGAAUAAAUUUAAAAACCUAAGUGGUAAAAUUGAAAAAAAAUGUAGUUUCUACAUUUACCUUUUUACCAAGUUUAAAAAAAUUGUGAUUGUGAUUUUCAAAAACGUGUUCUUAUUAAUAUAUUGUUAUAGUUAAUAUUUUAGCUCAGAAUCAACAAAAAGAAAGCUGCUGUACUGAGACUUUUUGGACUAAGUGUAUAUGAAUUUAUUUGAGACAAAGAAGAUUUUUAUUUUUUUGUAUGAAAUGACUACAUAAAUACCGAAUAGGCAAUUUCCUAUUUCCUAAGACAAAUCAAAAUACGAAACAAAAACUUUUUAAAAUUAUAACAAUAGGUAUAAUUGAAUUUUAUUUGGUUAAGAGUUCUGCAAAACUCAUUGAGCGCUAUGUUUGUGGAUCGAGCAAUAAUUCAAGCCCGCAGAAUCAUUCAGACGUUUUGACUUAUAUAUUACUGAUUCGAGUUUCUAUUCCAAAAGAUAACACAUUUUUUUAAUUGAACAAUGAACAGAUUAACCUUCAAAUAGGAUAUCAUCAGAAACAUACAUUCAUUGAAAAAAAAGGCAUCAAACAAACUUUUGUUUAGUCAUAUAUGUUAAUUAAAAGCACGCUUUUUCGCAAAAAUUAGUAAAGAACCAGAGGCUAUUGACUUACAACUUUCAACUUUGUCUCCGUGUUUGCUAAAGCCAAAUUAUGACCUACUGACUAUAAGCCAAUUCUUCGCAAAAAGUAAUGAGACAAACUUAUUUGAUACAUACUUGGGUACAAAACAUGACUGCUGGCAUGACAAUUCUAAUUUUUCCAAACAAUGGCUAAAAAAUAAUUGCAUAAGCAAACUUCAAAGAUUUCGAUUUGUAGAAAUAUGAAAGAAUUCGAGCAUUUACUUUACUAUUGGCCUCUGCCUGUAAAACAUUAACGUAUUAAAAAAGAAAGAAAAAACAAUAACUACUUUAAUUAUAAUGUUUCAUCUUUAGGAAUGUAUGUACCAAUCUACUUGUGAUGAUUACCAAAAUAUAGUGAAAUAAUUUAAGCCAAUAACCAAACAAUAAAUCGCAUAAUAUUUCAUGCUAUAUAAAAAUUAAUUAGAUAAUAUAAAAAAGAAUUCGAAAUUGGAACAAAAUGAAAUCACUUAUAAAUCCAUUUUUAUAAAUUUAUUUUUGUUUAAGAUUGUGCAGUGAAAAAAGAUCUUGUUAAAUACUUAACUCUUUAGGAAAUAAUAUAAAAAAUAAUACCUACCUAAUUCAUCUAUAAUAAAUGUGUACUAACUAUAAUUUACGGACUUAUUUCUAUCACAACUUUUUAUAACGACUUUUGUAAAAUAAAAAAUGUCUAUUUUAUUUGUAGGAAUUUAUGAGUAUAUUAUAAAACUUUAAGGCAGAAAAUACGAAAAUACUUGUGAAUUUCGAUAUUCCUAAAACGGAAUUUACGUAACCAUAAUUAACAUUUAUUUUAUUUAUAGAAAUAAAUUAUACAUAUCUUAUAAAUAUAGAGAAAUCUUAUAAAUGUCAACAUAUUCUCUAAUAUUGUUUUCAUAGGUUAAAACUAAAAAAUAAAGCAGAAAUUUAUAUAUGUUUUUGUGAUUUUUAAGUAAAACUUAGAAAUAAAGAGAAAGGGUCAUAAACAUAGUACAUACAUAGCUAUAUAAUUUACAUUUACUUAUAAAUACUAUGAAAUUAGGUUUUCUUCCAUCUACAUUAUAUUAAAUUUCAUUCAUUUAACCCUAAGACACUGAAACAGAUUGUUAUAAGUUGAUUUAAUUGUUGCAAUAAGAGUUAACAAUCACUUUAUUAAAUUUAACUGGCUGUUAUAAAAUAUUAAGUUGAAAACAAAAGACAAAAAACUAAAUAGUACUUCAUAUAGAAAUUUGGAGUAAAUGAUAGUUCCAAGAUAUUCGAACUUUUUAUUAUUAUGAUAUACAUACAUACAUAUAUGUUCGCGAAACUAUGUGUUCAAUUUUUAACAAAAAUUUAAACUAUACUUCCAAUAGAUACAUGUAUGUUUUACAUUUAACAAUCGAAAGGAGUGUUUUUGAGAGUUUUAAUUGAUUUCAAAAACACCUUUAUUUGUUUUAAUGUUGUUCUUAUUUGUGACAACACUAUAUAUAGCUUUCUUAUCGAAGCAAAUAUUAUAACAAUGUCAAUUUCUUAAAUCAGUGUCUUAGGGUUGACUCAGUCUGCCAUCUCUACAAACUAAGUAUAAUAACCAUGCAUUUUAUUUGUAUUUAUAAUAUUAUAUUUCUAAUUUUUAUACUAAAAAGCCUCCAACUUAUCACACAAAGGUGCUUACAGUACUGCUUAUUUGCCUUAAAAAAAUAAUAUAAUCAUAUAUCGGAUGUUGAACUAUUUUAUAGUUGUUGUUUUUUUGAAAACUCUUAAACCAACAAGAACAAUUUUUAUAUUGUCCAAUAUUUUUAAUUUUAUCUUACAAUAAGACUUUUACUAUAUUCUAUGUCAAAAGGCGAACUUACAAGUCAAAUCUAUUCUACUUUGUGUGUGUGCAACUAUUCUAAAAUUAAUCAAACUGUAAAAGACUGUUUAAAAUACUAAAGAAAAAAAUAACAAUUAAAUAAAGAACAACUCUUCCUCAAUAACUCAAAACAAAAAUCUUAACGUUAUCCUUCUUAUUUUUCUUAAAUAAGCUAUAAUAAAACUUAAAAAAAAAAUAUUUUUAAAAAGUAUUAUGAAUGGCCAAAUCUACUGUACUAUUUAUUUAUUUGUAGUCUUUUUUUUCAGUUAAAAUAAUAAAAAGAAUAAACAAAAAAAGAAGACACCUUUUCUUCAAAGAAAAGAAGAUAACAAAAUGCGUUGAUUUACAUAUAAAAACUAAGAAUUUACAUAUAAAAAAUAUUUCUUAUAACAUAUUAAAUGAAAAACAUAUACCAAAACCUUUUUGAAUAAUAUGAUAUUACAAUUAUGUUUAGUUUUAAUUUUAAGUCUAUUUUUUAUUAACAUUAAAAUAUAUUUUAUUAAUAAUUCAAACUUGUUACUGCGCACAUAUUAUUUUGGUUUAUAUAAAAAUAUAUACUUUUGGAUUUAAUAAUUAAAUUUGAUCUUUCAAAAAAGAAAAAUUAAAUAAAGACAAAUUUUCGUACACAUUUUCUAUGAAAAAAUAAAUACAUUUUGAUCUCUACUAAAUUUUAUAAAUUUUCGGCACACUAAUUGUUUUUAUAUUUAAAUCUAAAUUGAUUGUAUCAAUAUUACAUAGAAACAUAUGUACAGAGAUGUAUGUAUGCUAAGAGAUAUUAUUAGUUUUAGUAAACACAAUAAUUAUUAAGUCUUUCCUUUUUAAUUAUAUUUUGU